AUGCAUGAUCUUGUGCACGAUCUUGCAGAAGAUGUUUCUGGGGAUAAUGAAUUGGUAUCUCUCAAGGCAAGUGAGUUGGAAGAUGUUUCUGAAGUUCGGCGAUUACGGUUAGAACUGGAUAAAGAAAUAUCAGCAACAUCUUUAAAAAGCUUAAGUAUUGCAAAGAAGUUGCAGUUGCGUCAUUUGAGUUUUAAGCAGAAACACUUGAGGUACCUUCACCUUUGUUGUCUUGAUCUAAGUGAAGUCAAUUAUGAUCAGUCCAUCAGUAAGCUUUAUAAUCUAGAGACGUUGGUACUGACCAAAAUGGAUAUUCGUGUUCAAAAUCUUCUUCAAAACAUUCAAUCUCUAAAGAAAUUAAGACAUCUUGAAGUUUCUUUCACGUAUAUGGAAGAAUUACCUGAUUCUGUCACAAGUCUUUCUAAUUUACAAACGUUGGAUCUCAAUAAUUGCGAAUUAAAAGCAUUACCUGAGUCAGCCACUGGUUUAAAGAAUCUAAAACUUCUUGAUAUUUCUUUUAACCCUAUUGAAGAACUUCCUGCGUUCAUCAUUAACCUUCACAACUCCUGCCAGCUUCUUAACCAUCCGCUCAAGCUGUUCUAG